UGCACCUGCGGAGACACAUCCGCUCCUCAGGGCCCUCGGUGUGUUCCAGAGAAUCCAGACUGCUCUGAAGGUUUCAUUUGUCGGGAAAAAGUAACUUGGAAGUAUAAUGACGAAGUUUACGACCGUCGGUGAGCUAUAAAAAUAACACUGAUGUGUCAGUGUCGGUCUUGAAUGGACGAGUGUGAAGUUCCGGGACGUUUUCUACAUCGUGUCAGUGAUCUUGCUGUGACAUCCUCUUAAAGAUGCAUGAGCCUCAGUACUACGAUUCCCCCCCUGUGUACAGUCCUCCUUACAGCACCAACUCCCACAGCUUCUACCCUCCAAGGAGCGCUCACUCCCCUCAGAGUCAGUACACCCCCUACUCCUAUAAUGCCCCUCAAGACUCCUACUACCAGGAAGAGAAGCCUCAACUCUUCUACCGCUGGUAUUCUCCUCCUGGUUUCGUCAAAACCUUCCAGGGUGCUACAGUUCUCAUGUGCUUCCUCAUCUUUGCCUUUGUGGCUUCAACCCUGGUGUGGGACAUGAAUGGAUUUGGGUAUGGGGGCUAUGGCAUUGGCGCUUCAGCAGGUGCUGCUGUAGGGUCAGAGUACGGAUAUUAUGGAGGUAGUUACGGUUAUAGUAGCUCCUACAUGACGCCACAGUCUGCUAAGGCAGCCAUGAUUUCCAUGGCGUCCAUCAACUUCCUGAUUUCCUUGGGGUUCCUUGUGGCGAGUUUCUCUCGGUCACGAAUCAUGAGGGGAUGCACUUUCUACCUAACUGUGUUCAUCUGUGACAUCAUCUUAGCUGUGCUGCAGGGCAUCAUCGACAUCAUCUUUGUGAUCGGAGUAAACCCAAUGUCUCAGAGCUCACAGAGCAUGCUCUAUAACCCCAUGCUGAUGAUGUGCCAGAACAUCCAGGGCAGCCCCAGCCUCAGUGGCAGCGUGGGGGCUGGUUUCCCAGGGGGGUUCCCCAUGUACAACCAAUACCUGCACCACUACUGCUACAUGGACCCAGAGGAGGCAGUGGCGCUAGUGUUGGGUCUGAUAGUGGUGUUGGCUCUCUCUAUGUCUGCUUACUAUGCCUAUAAGACCCGCAGCAAGAUUUGGCGACAUGGCAAAGCGAACAUCUUAUGGGACGAGCCUCGGAGCAGACUGUCAGAAGGGCAGGACGUACAGGACUGGGUGAACCAUGUUGGGGAUUCACGCAGCACCCAGCAGGCACCAACUGUCGUCGUAUCAGAGAGAGCAAGAGCGCCUGAGCUGAGGGCAGAGAACAGCGUGGUGUCCUACAGCAAUGGGACAGUCAGUGUUCACAGUGAGGCGAAUUACAAAGGCAACACUAAUAGUCGGGGGGCCGAGCCUCUGUAUCAGAACAACCGGGUGACAGUUUGCUCGAGCAGCUCCUCAGAGCAGAGCGACAGCAUCAGGAAACCUCCUCCUCCGACUUAUAAUGUGAGGAAGGAGCAGAGGGAGGAUCCACAGUACAGGCUUGCUGCUCAGGAGGGGGUUGAGUCCCAGUGUGAGACUGGUUACACGACAGGAGACACUGGGAAUGAGCUGGACCGAGACCACACUGAACACCUGUACAGGCUGUAUCCCGAGAUAACUUCAGACGAGCAGCGCCACCAGUACAAGAAGGAGUUUGAAUCAGAUCUGGCCCGCUACAAGAGCCUCUGUGCCCAAAUGGAUGACAUCAGUGACCAGAUGCACAAGCUGAGCCGAGAGCUGGACAUGUUGGAUGACAGCUCUGUAAAGUACCAGGGUGUGGCAGACGAGUAUAAUCGACUCAAAGAACUGAAAAGGACACAUGACUACCAAGCGAAAAAGAAGCACUGCAAAGAACUACGGCAGAAACUUUUCCACAUCAAACGCCUGGUGAAAAUCUACGACCAAGGCCUCUGUUAGCGUGUUUUAAUCAUCUGUACAAACAUCUGAGGAUGGACACUGACUGAGUGUGACUUGGCAAAACAACAAAAAGAUGCAUGCUCCAUAUUUGCUUAAUUUUCAACAUUUUCCUUGUUUGAAUUAUAAAGGUUCCGACUGCUCAAACAGUCACUGAAACUAAACUGUGGGAAAUCAGGAGGAUAAUGGGUGAUCAUAUUGGUUAGAGUGGAAGACUACCAACUAAACUUGAAAACUAACGCCUGGUUUCCACUUACAUGUUACUCUUUUAUUGUUAUUUAAAUCAAUAUUUAGUCCAUUGGUGUUCUUUGAUUCUCACAGAUCAUGAUUCAAUGAAGAUAAC